AUGGAUCAAGACUUUGGUUUGUUCGAAUCACAUAUUGGAGAACGUCGCUUACUUCAAAGCAAAGUUUUCAUAUGCACCAGCAACUUUACGCCACCUAUCACCAAGCUUGUUACUACGAGGUGA